AAGAUGUGUUGGUAUAGCGUAUCGAUUGUUGAAUUUGCUCGGGCCUGACUUGCUAUAUAUAUAUAUUCCUUUUGAAAGGACUCCUUAAUCAUGAUUUAAAGCCUUCCUCCCGCAUUGGCAGAUAAGGUGUCCGUGAGUGUGAUUGUCCCGUGAGCGGCGAGAAACGUGGCCUAGUGAGAAAUACCGAGGAUACCAGUGACGAGAAGGAUUGUUUUUCCUUUCUAGUGUCUCAAGUGGUGUAUCGCAGUUCGGUGUUCACAUUUUCCCAUUUGUUAACCACUCAAGGAUGGUGAUGUGAAAUGAUUCAAAAUGACUUGGAGGAAAGCCCAACUUGAGGGUGACUCGGGAUCGAGUUAGGGACUUUCAGAGCGACAAUCAUAAACUUUUGACUGACAAAGUGCGCGAUGGCGGUCAGCAAUAUCGUGUGUGAAUGGCUGAAGGCGCUCGGUCUGGGCCAGUAUGCGGAGAGCUUCCUGGACAAUGGGUACGACGACCUGGAGAUCUGCAAGCAAGUCGGCGAUCCCGAUCUGGACGCGAUCGGCGUGGAGAACCCCCAGCACCGCCACAAAUUGCUCAAGUCGGUGCGGCAGCUGCGCGAGAAGGGGGCGGCCAGUGUCUACUUCAUGCUCAACGACCCCAAUGGCCUCGCCGAGGGACUGGAGAGCAUCGGCGGCAGAGAAACCCCACCGGCAACAGAAUUGGAAACACUCCUGCGCCAGCAAUUGCAGACCGAUUCCAUCCGAUUGACAUCCCAUCCAUAUUCCACGCCGGACGGUGAACGUGGUCAUUUGGAGGGUCUUGCAUCGGUUUAUUGUGAAAUUCUGAUGGCUCCAUUUGGGGACGUAUUAAGUGCUUUAGAGAGUGAACGAUUAGCGGCAUGGGCCGAUAUUAGUCCGCAUCAUAGAGGUGUGGGUGCGAAGCGAGGCCACCGGGGGAGCUCCAGCCAAGGUGGCCUCCCCAAUAGCCAUAGUCAACCAAUUUAUGUGCCAGGGAAAUAUUCACCGUCAAGCUGUCUAUCCGAUAAGGAAGAGGAUGAAAUUUACGGUUUCGGAUAUGGUGUCUUCGCCCCAAGGGUGGCUCGAGGUGCACUGCAGUCGACGAUCAAUUCGCAACAGCAUCCAUCUCACACCAACGCCCAGCCGCAGUACCAACAAUCACAGAGUUCAACCAUUCAGCCAGCCAUACAGCAGAGCUGCCUGAGUCCGCGAUCGGCGUAUUUUUAUGAAUUCCCUCCCACAGAAGGACGCGAAACAACGAAGAAGCGCUUGACACUGGCGAGAUUGCUCAAAGGCCUAAAAACUGUAAAUAGGAGAGAUAGGACCAAUAAUCAAAACACCGGCACAACUCAAUUAAUCAACGAGAGAAUCGAAAGACUGAGACAUUUCCAAGCGAACGGAGGACCACAAAACAGUUUCGAGGAAACCAUCCAUAGGCUUAAAGUUCAAGAGGCGCUGCGGAAAAGGGAAAAAUUUCAGCGUGAACACGAAGAGAUACUGAGGAACAUUCGACAGGGUCUCCUCCAAAUGGGCCGAGAUGGUGGAUGUGCAGAUGAUACCUACAUGUACGACGACGCUGCCCGUGGUGCUCUGGGCGGAAGCCACUACCAAGGGCACUGGUAUGAUGAACCGCCAUAUGAAAGUGAUCCAGAUGAUUUUCUGAUGUCUGGCAUAAAUGCGGGGCCUGCGGCCACAAUACAGGACGGUCGUGUCUCCUUCACGGCCAACUCACGGGAGAACACGGGAGUUAUUUCACUGAGAUCAGCCGGUGACAUCUCACUGCCCCAGAGAGCUCCACCCCGGCGAGGACUCAUCGUGCCACAGCACGGAUCUAAUCCACCUACAAUAAUUCCCCUAACGCAUGCCAGAUCACACGAUAGGGAGAGUGGGGACUAUGCUGGAUCCGUGUCGGACAUUCAGAGUGUCACAUCCCGCCUCAGUACGGUUUCGAUUGGUACAAAUAAUUGUACAGCCCGGUACAGGACGUUGAGCGGUGGAAUUGGCGAGUCUCCAUCUCAGUCGCCGAGUCCAUCAUCCGAUUAUGAGGACGAUUUAGCGCAUCACGGAUUACCUGGUGGCAUGGCCAAGAGGGCUGCUGCGCACAAAGGCUCAACAAUUAGCCAGAAGGCAACCGUGCAUCAUCCUGGAGAUGUUCGCAGUUCACCCAAGGAGAAGGCGGUCUUCAGUGAGAAUUUGAGAAAGUUCAAUGGGACAAAGGAAACUUCAAGGGACUUCAAUACAUCCCAGGAGAACACAGACCGAGGCAGUAUAAGUGAUCAGGCGUUCCCUUGCUCGGCCAGUUCCGUCGAGAGUCUUCCAAGUGCUUCUGGUUCGAGUACGCAAGCUCUUGUUCGGCCCGGGAGUCCGCACAGCUCACUCUCGGAUGACCGGAACACUUUGCCACCCAUCUGUAUAGCAAAGGCUAUUGUAGAUAGUUUACCGAAUCCGUACGACAAAGAAGCCCUCCGCUUCAAGAAAGGUGAUAUUAUAGAUGUAAUCUCGAUGAAUGCUUCCGGAAUUUGGCGAGGCCGAUGCAAUGGACACACAGGACAUUUCAAAUUCAUCAACGUCGAAGUUCUGCCAGAUCAGCGGCGAAAGGUGAACAGCAAUCUCACACCAUGUCGAAAUCCCAACAGUCCGGUAUCCGUGGAGGAACUACUGGUGAGAAUUGGCCUGAAGGAGUACACUUCGGUAUUUGUUCUCAAUGGCUAUGAAGACUUGGAGCUGUUCAAGGAAUUGGAGCCUGCAGACUUGGAUUAUCUGGGAAUUCUCAACAAUGAUCACAGAGCAAAGCUGCUAACGGCAGUCCAACUCCUGCACGACAUGGAUUCUAAUUCAGAUGGAGACGUUGCGGGUUCCAGUUCGGAGAACGAUGAAGCUCUUCGUCGCAAUCACAUUGCUUCUCUCAAGCAUCCCUCAUCUCCGUUCGGUCGACGCCACUUCCCGCGGGAUUCCGGCUGCUACGAGGGUUCUCCGGUCCCUGCGGGCUCAGCCAGUCAAAUUAUGCCCGUCGAUGAUGCUCACAGUCUCGAUGAUGUGGUCACGCAGUGCUCCAAUGAGAUUAUGAAGCGCGUUGAGAAUGCACGACGCCUGAAGGAGGAGAAGGGAAUGCCACCCAAAGGGAUGCAACGAAUGGGGAAGAAGGGGUUACUCGGAGGAAGCGCCGGAAGCACUCCGGAUGAGGGCAUAUGCUCUCGUGGCGGCGGGGCUCUGAGCGAGAAAUCCAGCGAUUCUGGGGUCAGCAGUAGUUCCCUGUCUUCUGGUCCAAUGAAGAACAUCACGUGAAAUAUACUGCAAAAGUUAUCCAAGUAAGUUUGCUCCCUUCCAGCGUGUGGCAUUGUUUAAGCUUUGCGUUGCCUGAAUCAACAAUCACCCAUUCCCCAUGACUCUUGAGCGAGAGAGGGCUUGAGAGAAUCAUGGAAAAGUUUCAAGAUUAUCGCACUGUGCUAGUGAAUCGCUCGAAAUUAUGCAAAUAGAGGCAACAAAAUGCAAAUGGCACGCGAAUUGGCAAUAAUAUUGCAGCAAUUCGUGGCAAUUAUAUAUUUCUCACAGAAAGAGAGUCUCCUGUAGGAGUUCCGCUGAGCUCCUCCAGGAAUGGUGUAAAAUUAGUCCAUGGCGUGGGGGAGAAAGAAAAAAUUGCUCUACAUUCUGUUCAAUUGCACUGGCUGCAAUGCCAAGCAAUAAUGGCGUAAAAAGAAGAAAGGAAGGGAACUCAAUUUACACAUAAAAGGAACAGGUGAAACCUGUCAUGGAAGAAGAACACUCUUGAAUAUUCAUUUGAAACUCCUUGCCACGAACCACUUGUGUGAAAAUGUUUAUUUUCUGCACACGUAAAAACUCAAAACAAUAAGGCAUAAAUCAAACUAAGAAUCUCAAGUACUUAAUAAGGGAUUUGGAGUAUAUAUGUAUAAUGUUGUUUGUAUAAUGUUUCAACGGACACUGCCACUUAAAGAACCUCCAAUUGAUCCAUCCAGAACGUUGCAUCUUGAGUUAAACGCUCUCCUGAGUUGACACACAUUUUCAAAAAUUUCAAGCAAUCAUGUAAAAAUAAUUUUCUCAACAUUCCCCUUACGAAUCUUAAUAAAACUUCGAAAGCAAUAAAUCAUAGUACGAUAAAUAGGACAAUUUGUACAUACGAUCUUGAUGAAUGGGAAAGAAAGCGCCCAAGACUGGGUCUUCUAAAGGUAGCGUGACAAAGACAGAACAAUUGAAAAGUGUGAAAGUAGGCUUUUUAAAAGAAUCUAAAUCAAAGAAUCUUUUAACUAAAGAGAUAUGUAUUUUCAUCGACAUUCUUUCACAUCUAAUCACAUUAAAAUGUGAGACGAAUAAAGGGACAAUUACUGCAGCUUAAGGAAACGAAUUGUAGGUUUAAAAAGAAUUUAUCAUAUCUGUGGUGGAAAAUUUAAUGAAAGAAAACAUUGUAGAAAACAUAAACACUAAACAAUGAAAAGUAUAUAAUAUCAAUUCAAUGAAGACAACAAUAAAUUUUUGCGAAAACUUUUUACUAACACAUUUUUAUUGUAAAGUUUUCAAUUUUUGCCUAAUUAGCUAGACUUUAUCAUUUGUAUAAUUGUAACGCUGAGAAAUCUAAGAGAAAACUGAAACUUCAGAAACUGUUAUUGAGAUGUAUAGUGUUAGUUUUGUACACUUUAUCUAACAAUUGUAAUGAUCUGAAGACUAUAUUUGACAGCAUAAGUAAUUUAUACUUUGUAUAAUCAUUUUUAUACUGUUAUUGCAUUUAUUUAUGAAAUCACAAGAAGAUUCUAUCGCUAUUGUAAGUAAAAUAAUAAUGAUAAAAUGUCGCCAAAAUUUAUUUCACUCACAAUGUGAAGAAGCAACCAAAAAUGUAUAAAGGAAGAAAUUUAAUAUGUUAUAGCUGUAAUAUUCUAAUAUGAUAUAUAUUUCAAAUUAUUAGGUGAAAAAUGUGACGAAGAGAGGAAACAAGAUGAAUAUUUAGUCAUAUAAUAAAAUUAUAUUGGGUUGAUAAGCAGAGCAGGAGGUGUGAAAUGGAGAGUGGAGAAGUUGAUCAAGGACGAGACAGUUGAGUGGACUUAAAGUUAAACCUAAAGAUGGCAAAUUA